UGGUGAACAAAUAAGCUUCCCGGCGCCGAAUUUGCUCAUUCCAGAGGUCAAUUAGCUUGGGUGCGGAGAGAAAAUGGUAUCAGCUAACGAGAAUCAACUGCGCUACGAUGGCCGAGUGGUGGUCGUUACCGGUGCCGGUGCUGGUCUAGGUCGCGAAUAUGCCUUGCUGUUCGGUUCCCGCGGUGCAAAGGUUGUGGUGAAUGAUUUGGGUGGCAAUUUUCACGGUCAGGGCAAAUCGAAUGCAGCCGAUAAUGUGGUACAGGAAAUCCGAGCGGCUGGCGGAACCGCGGUUCCAGAUUACAACUCCGUAGUGGAUGGGGAUAAAAUUAUUCAGACUGCAAUGGAAGCAUUUGGCCGUGUUGAUGUUUUGAUUAACAAUGCUGGAAUUUUGCGAGACAAGAGUCUUGCUCGCAUUUCCGAUGAGGACUGGAAUCUUAUUCAUGAUGUGCACUUGAAAGGUAGUUUCCUAACGACGCGAGCUGCCUGGGCGAUCAUGAAAAAACAGAACUAUGGUCGAAUAAUUAUGACAUCCAGCAACUCCGGUGUCUAUGGAAAUUUCGGCCAAGCCAAUUAUAGUGCCGCCAAACUAGGAUUGGUCGGGUUAGCCAACACAGUCGCAAUCGAGGGAGCUAAAAAUAACAUUCAAUGCAAUGUAAUCGUUCCAACGGCUGCGUCAAGGAUGACCGAGGGAAUACUUCCAGAGGUUUUGUUCAAUGAGCUUAAACCUAAAUUGAUUGCUCCGGUCGUUGCUUAUCUGUGUCAUCAAUCCUGUCAGAAUACGGGGGCAAUAAUUGAAAGUGCAGCUGGUUGGGCCACAUAGGUCCAUUUUGUUAGGGGAAAAGGAUCAAUUCUCCGUACAUCAAUCGAUGAUGAUGUUACACCAGAGUAUGUUAAGAGUGUUUGGAAUAAAGUCACUGACAUGUCGGAUGCGAAA